ACCCAAUACAACAAGAAUCUAAAAUGCCCCGUCUUAAUAAACAUCCACGGCGGAGCCUUCAUGCUUGGCAACUCACGUAUGGUCUCCAUCCCCCAAAUCGAGGACUGUCUAUCCCGGGGCUGGAUCGUCGUGGUCCCCAACCACCGUCUCUGUCCCGGGGUGAAUAUCCUCGAAGGCCCGAUAGAGGAUUGUCGAGAUCUCUUGGCGUGGGUGUAUGAUGGCAGUCUGGAAGGACUUUUACGCGGUCAGGGGGUUGAAACGUUGAGAGUCGAUACAGAGAGGGUUAUGGCAUUCGGGACGAGUAGUGGAGGGUUUUUGGCGCUGAGUUUGGGCUACGACGUCCCCAAGCCACCAAAAGCAAUUCUUGAUUUCUACGGUGCAGUCCAUUUCACGCAUCCCUUCUGGACCGCGCCCCUCCCUCACGUGGCUGAGAAGUUGCCCCCAGGUCUGUCCCCGGAGUUCAUGGACAGAGUUUACGAGGAGGAUCCAGUCCCCACGGAUAGCUCUAUCUCGCUCGAGGGCCAGACGGAGUCUGGGCGGGCUAAGGGGCCGGAUUUUUCGCGGCCGCGGGAUGCAUUUGCGUUUAUGCAGAUUGCGAAUGGGCGGGUGUUGAGCGCCUGUUUCCCUGGGCGGGAUGUGAGGGAGAUUGAUCCUGUGUGCUGCGUUCGGGAGGGGUUUCCUGCUACGUGUGUUGUGCAUGGACUUGAGGAUCGGAUGGUUCCGAUUUGUUUGAGUAGGGAGUUGGUGAGAGUUCUUGAGGAGAAGGGGGUGGAGUGUGAAAUGGUGGAGGUUCCGGGGGAGGAUCAUACGUUUGCGAUGGGAAUGGAGGUUGGGUCAAGGACUUGGGAGAUACAGAGAAAGGGAUUUGAUUUCUUGGAGAGGAUUAUUGGUCGAGAGUAAAUUCUUAUUGGGGUAGAGGAAAUGAGAUGCUGUAUUGUAUUGGUGAUGUUCUGGCCUGCCAGUUGCAUACACCGGAAUAUUAGGACUAUUGAGUGUCGAGGUCACCAGCCUGGAAAUCAAAAACUCCAUCCAUGCAAACUCGUAUACCCAGUAUACUCCCAUUACAUCUCAAUGCUGAACCGCUGAACCCAAAUAAUGAAUCGCUGAUCACUGUCGUAGUUCGUCGUGUCUCAUGGCC